UUGCAAUAGCUGGCUGGUAAAAAUUUUGGCAAAUUAGGGAACUUGUUUCUACCACCACUUUCUUCUACCAAUAAUGUCUCAGUCUCUCGUUGGACUUGGAUCCGCCUCUUCACUCUCAUCAGCAACGAUCUCUCCAGGAUCUGCCCAUAGAUUCCUCUCAAUCAACAACUCCUCUCUUCGAUUUACAACCGUCAUUUGCGGAACAACCGAGAAUCAUCCAAGGCGGCCCAGCAGCAGCAGUAGUAGCAGAAGAAGAAGAAGAUGGUCCCUCGACGGAAUGACAGCUCUGGUGACCGGCGGCACUCGCGGGAUUGGGCGCGCAAUCGUGGAGGAAUUGGCGGGGCUCGGCGCCGCCGUGCACACCUGUGCUCGGGAUGAGACGGAGCUCAGCCGGUCGUUGCGGGAUUGGGAGGACGAGGGAUUUGGAGUCACGGGUUCGGUCUGCGAUGUGUCUUCUCCAGCUCAGCGGGAGGAGUUAAUGGACGCUGUCUCGUCUGCGUUCAAUAGGAAGCUCAAUAUUUUCAUUAACAACGUAGGAACCAACAUAAGGAAACCAAUGGUGGACUUCACGGCCGAAGAAUUUGCCAUGCUCUUCGCAACAAAUUUUGAAUCUGCUUUCCAUAUGUGCCAACUCGCACAUCCUCUUCUGAAAGCAUCGGGAGCAGGAAGCGUCGUCUUCACAUCCUCAGUCUCUGGUUUCGUAUCGCUGAAGUCCAUGUCUGUCCAUGGAGCAACCAAAGGAGCAAUAAAUCAACUCACAAAGAACUUGGCAUGUGAGUGGGCGAAAGACAAUAUCAGGAGCAAUGCCGUUGCGCCCUGGUACAUAAGAACCUCUAUGGUGGAGCGAGUGCUGAGCAACAAAGAGUAUUUAGAAGAGGUAUAUUGUCGAACACCUCUGGGGCGGCUUGGAGAGCCGAUCGAGGUGGCAUCCCUGGUUGCUUUCCUUUGCCUCCCAGCGUCGUCUUACAUCACUGGUCAGAUCAUUUGUGUAGACGGUGGCAUGUCUGUAAAUGGCUUCUACCCAAGGCAUGAAUAAAAACUUCUCUUUUUUUAACUU